UCGGCUCCCGAAUCCUUUUCUCUGGGAACUGGCGAUUUCGGUUCCGAUCCCAUCGAAACCGGAAUCGGAACCGGGAACCGAUUAGAGCUCUAAAAGAAAGCCCCAAAUCACUUCACAUGUUCACACUUCACAGUACUGAGUCUCUCCCGUUCGCUUCCUCUGCCCGUCGCCGACGCUGCUCGCCCUCGACGCCACCGGACGUUGCUCACCUCGCCGCUCAGCCGCUCGCUGUCGAUGCCGCCGCUGGACGCUGCUCGUCCCCUGGUGGAGGCCACUUGCUCGCCCAGCCGCCCCCCGACGCCGCUCGCUGCUCGCCCAGCAGCCUUGACGCCGCUCACCCCCCGACACUGCAAUGCAUGUGCGAGAUGAUGAAGUUCUUGCUGGAAGCUACUUCUCUGUGGCAGGAGCACUUGUGGGUUUGCUAAAACCAGGGAGGAUGAGCAUGUUUGGGACGUUGCUAAUAAUCUGGGGUCUUGUCAAGGAGGGCAUCUUGGGAAAGCCUGUGAAUGUGGAUCCUGCAAAGGCAGUCUAUGUUUAUCCUACGAUGUUGCUUGCAUUGAUCUGUGCCUUGUCAUCCAUUAAAUAUGAUGUGAAGAAGGCCAUGAGACCUGCCCCUGCUCGAACAAUUGCAAAGCCACUGCAGAGCUCAUCAAAAUUUAAGCUGAAAUAAGAUGAAUUGUAAGCAACAGUUCUGUUGAAGAUGUCACUCUUUUUUUGUUAGGAUUCUUGUUGUCAAAAUUUUUGAAGAGUCUCACGUCAACAUAUGGAUCUUCAGUCCAACUUUUAUAAUCAAUUGAAUUGUGAGUUUUAUA